CCCAAGGAUGUCUGAGGGUCCCAGGGAUGCUGAGGAUGCGUUUGGAGGUCCCAGUGAUGCCGAGGGAAGCGCCUGCGGUUCCCACGAGUGCCCGGGGGUCCCGGACCCCCAUCUCACCCCCCGCUCCCCACAGCGCUGCCUGCAGCGGAUCCACCAAGCGCUCCAGCACUACCGGGACCUGCUGGGCUCCGACAUCUUCCAGGACCAGCCCCAGCCCCAGCUGGAGACCACGAUGGAGCAGCUGCUGCGCCACGUCCAGGAGGGGCACGGCCGCCCCCCCCGGCACCCCCUGGCCCCCACCGCGGUCUGGGCGCGGCACCUGGCGCGGCACCUGGCGCUGAAGCGGCUCCGCUCCUUCGCCGCCGUCAUCAGCCGCGUCUUCAACCACAGCGCCCGCUGAGCCCUCCGGACACCGCCCCCAGCCCUUAUUUAUUCCCCCUCGCCGAGGGGUUAUUUAUGAUGUGUUAUUCCCCCUAUUUAUCUCGGGUAUUUAUGAGUUUCUAAUAAAGCUCCGACGGAGACGAG